CUUAGCAUUCAGUACGAUACGUUGACGGUUACUAAAACAACACCCGGCUCAAACAGCUCGAGAACGUUGAGCAGCCUUCGACAGCUUAAAAAGAUAACAAAUCAGUGCCAAAACAAAUAAUUGCAGUUUAAAUUAAAAUAUCUGCCAAGUUGUAAAACAAUUGAAUAUAAAGAAGCAAAAUGCAGUCCUUACUUAUCGUGGCCUCUCUCUUGAUCUGUUUCAUGGGUUGCAGCUCAGCUGGCAAUAUGCCUGACUAUAUCCAGGUGUGCCAUCGCAAUGAUCCCGAUCUGUCAAAGUGCCUUAAGAACAGUGUUCACAAUUUGCGACCCUAUUUGGCCAAAGGUAUCAAGGAAUUGAAUGUACCACCACUAGAGCCCCUGUACAUUGGAGAUCUUGCAAUUUUGGAUGGGUCCGCUGGACUUACGGUUAAGGCCAGAAAACUGAACGUCCUGGGGGCCUCGAACUUCGAAAUCACUAAGCUGAGGGCGUCCACCCAAAAUCGUCGAUUCGACUUCGAGUUGAUUUUGCCCCAUCUCCACGGCGAUGGCAUGUACGAGAUCAAUGGCAACAUCCUGGCGUUGCCCAUCAAGGGUAAUGGACCAUUCACAGGAAAUUUUACCAACUUUGUGGCUUAUGUGCGCGUUCAAUAUGAUAUCAAGAACGUUAAUGAUCUGGAAUAUCUGCACGUUAAGGAUUUCGCUUUAAAGAUUCGCACUGGCAAGGGAUAUCUGAAGCUGGAGAACCUCUUCAAUGGAGAUAAAGUUUUGGGUGACGUCAUUAAUGACACUAUUAACCAAAAUUUCGAGGUCUUUACCAACGAUUUGAUAGCACCGAUUGCCCGCGCUCUGGAGGCCAAAUUCAAGGUCAUCACGACCAAAAUCCUUGAGAACUUCACCUACAGCGAGCUCUUCCCGGUCUAAUAGGCAACUGAAAUUAGGCUAGAAUUAAGUUUGUGAUACACUCGAAUUGUUUUAAUUAGUCCUAAAUUAUUCAAUAAAUCUAACAAAUUUGAGCAGA